GUUUUUUGCCGACGAAGAAGAAAACGAGCGACGUUCGGUUUUUAUUUUUAAAUAUUUCGGACCGAUCAAAGACCGACCCGUGGGAGAAGAACGGCACCGAUGGCUGGUUUCCUGGAUCAUUUCCGCUGGCCGGAGUGUGUGGACUGGAGCGAGAAGAGGAACGCCGUGGCCUCAGUCGCAGCAGGAACUCUGUUCUUCACAGGCUGGUGGAUCCUGAUCGAUGCGGCGGUGAUGCAUCCAACCCAGGAGGACAUGAAUCAUUCCUUUCACACCUGCGGGGUCUUCUCCACCAUCGCCUUUUUCAUGAUCAACGCUGUCUCUAACGGUCAGGUGAGAGGAGACGCCUACGGAGAGGGCUGCCUCGGACGCACAGGGGCUCGUCUUUGGCUCUUCCUUGGCUUCAUGAUGAUGUUCGGCUCCUUCAUCGCCUCCAUCUGGGUUCUGUUCGCUGCCUACGUGGUUCCGAAGAAAGACGUGGCUCCGGGUCUGGCCGUGUUCUUCCAGAACGCCUUCAUCUUUUUCAGCUCUCUGGUCUACAAGUUUGGACGCACAGAAACCCUGUGGGGUUAAAAGAUAAAGAAGCUGCUGAAGCUCCGCCCCCAACACGCACCUGUCUUCACACCUGUCCUCAGUGUCUCAAAGGACCCGUUGUGUUUGUCCGGAGUUUUAUUUUAAAUAUUUUCUGUAAAUAUUUCCUCUUUUCUCCUCAAGUCAUUGGCAGCUUUUUAUUGUUCUUAGAAGUUUUAUUU